UAUUAUCUCACAAUUUUUAAUAUUCUAAAUUUUUAUAAUUUUAAAAAUUAAAUAAAUUUUUAUAAUUUUAAAGGGUUAAAGUAUAUUUUUAUUUUUAUUAAAUUAAAAUUUAAAAAAAUUUUAAAUUAUUUAAAUAGUUCAUUUUAGGCUCAGGCACUCUCCCCAGAUUCUCCUCUGCCGGUAAAUAUUUAAACUGAAAAUAGAUGCACAAGGGUCUCAACUUGGGUUAGAGUCUUACAGAAGAUCGUCAUCUGCCAUUAACCAUUGCACUGUUCGAAUUCAAGACAAAAUACCAUGAGUUUUAAAGAAAGCCAACAGGGAAGAACAUGGACCGACGAAGAAGACAAACAAGCCCAGCAGUAUGCCAUGCAACUGGUUAGCUCAUCGGUGGUGCCCAUGGUAUUGAAAGCAGCUAUUGAACUUGGUGUGUUUGAGAUUAUACAAAGAGCUGGUCCUGGUGCACUGCUGUCACCUUCCCAGAUUGCAUCCCAACUUCCAUCACAAACUAAUCCAAAAGCCGCUUUGGUCCUUGAUCGAAUCCUCCGCCUUCUAGCUACCCACUCCAUCCUCACCUACAAGCUACAGGAUGGCCACAGGCUGUAUGGUUUGGCACCUGUUGCCAAAUACUUCAUUACAAGCUCGAGUGGAGGAUCUUUGUCUUCUUUGUUAGACGUGUUUCAGGAGAAAGUCUUCAUGGAUUCCUGGUACCACCUGAAAGAUGCAGUCCUAGAAGGGGGGAGUCAAUUUAACAAAGCACAUGGAGUAGAGGUCAGUGAGUAUAUGAGCAAAGAUGCGAGGUUUGGAGACAUCUUCAAGACCUCUAUGGUUGAUUACAACAAGUUGUUCGUGGAAGAGAUGUUGAAAAGCUACCACGGUUUUGAUGGCUUGAAUUCAUUGGUAGACGUAGGUGGCGGCAACGGUUUUAUUCUCCACAGUAUUGUUUCCAAGUACCCUACCAUCAAGGGUAUUAACUUCGAUCUGCCACAGGUUAUUGACAAGUCACCCUCCUAUCCUGGAAUUGAGAAUGUGGCCGGAGAUAUGUUCAACAGUGUACCAAAAGGAGACGCCAUUUUCAUGAAGUGGAUAAUCCAUUGCUUGGACGACAAGCAAUGCCUGGAAUUACUCAAGAACUGCUAUGAAGCAUUACCGGUGAACGGGAAAGUGAUAGCAGUGGAUACGGUCAUCCCUGAAAUCCCUGAUGCCAGUCCCUCAUGUAAAAGCGUGUAUCAGUUUGAUGUGUACUCCAUGAGCAUCAAUGAAAGUGGAAAGGAAAGGACAGAAAAAGAAUUGGAGAGCUUGGGGAAGGGAGCACGCUUUUCUGGUUUUCGAGUGGCAUGCGGUGCCUAUGGUUUCUCAGUCAUGGAGUUCUACAAAAGGAUGUGAGAUUUGAUUAACCAAUUUGCAAAACAGAAGCAUUCAUAGAAAAAGAUAGUUAGAAAUCUCUUAAAGGUGUUGAUCUGUAUGAAUAAAUAGGAUUCUUCAUUGGUGGUUGUGGCCAAUGAUGAACUUGAAUAUUUAAAUUUUAAUUAUAUAUUAAUUUUAAAAUAAAUAGAUUAAA